UGUCAAACGAACACGUUUAAUCACGAUGAAGAUUUAAUCAACAUUCGUUUACCGUAAACCAUUAUUGCUUCAGCAGAUACACCUUAGAAAGCUUAACAACUAGUGAUACUUUUAUACAUUUAGGAUUUAAUUACACAAUCGAUCAUCAUAAAAUUUUGUAGACACAUUGACAGUGGUACAGAAAAGGGUGUAGGGUACCUUUUAGACUGUUCCUGAGGGACUUAGAACAUCAACGUAAGCGAAGCUGCGGAUUAUAUGAAACGGAUCGCAAAAAGUAUACCGAUUUCGACAUUCAGAUAAGUAAACAAAGUCAAAUAAAAAACUACGCAAUUUUAUCAGUUCUUGUGAAUUGACAGGUGUUGGACGGAGUUUAAUAUCAGAUCUUCCUGAUACGGUAUCUAAAAAUUUUUUUGGAAAUCAAAAGUUAACAACAAAUACUUCAAUAGUUCGUUAAAUGAAUAGAUAGAAACAACAAAGAUUUAACUUGGCUUAUGUAAUUCAGUUUGCUUAGUUGCCUUUGGAAUCCUGAACAGAAAAUAAGUGAAGAUGUUGGAGGCACUCAGAAAUCGAGGAUACCAGCUAGCAGCAGUAAUGUCCUGUAGUAUAGCCUCAUUCGCCGUUGGGCUGAUAUUAACAUGGACAUCGCCCGUAUUCCCGAAACUUAACAACAGUACAGGUAUCUUGGACGAUAAUCCUUUUGAUGCACCCAUUACCACUGAAGAACAGUCCUGGAUAGCAUCUUUUCUAUCAUGUGGAGCUAUUUUUGGACCAUUUGUAGCAGGAUUCCUUGUCGAUAGAAUUGGACGUAAAUGGACUUUAGUUUGCGCGUCUGGUGUUCCCCUAACAGCAGCAUUUCUAAUGUUAGCAUUUGGUAGAACCCCAGUUGUAUACUACGUGGCGAGGUUCAUCGGCGGUUUAGGAAUGGGGGUAGUUUUUACUGCUUUGCCCAUGUAUAUAGGGGAAAUAUCUGAAGCACCAAUAAGAGGAACCAUGGCAUCGUUUUUCAAUAUUUUUAUGGUUAGUGGAGAACUAGCUUCUUACGCUUUAGGACCUUAUAUACCGAUCAUGUGGUUCAGCAUAAUUUGCGCUAUAUUUCCUGCUGCAUUUGUGAUUUUGUUCUCGCUUUUCCCGGACAGCCCUCAUUAUUACAUUUCGAAAAACAAUAUUCCUGCUGCUGAAUCAUCCCUUGCAAAACUUAGGGGUACAGACACAGCGGGGAUUAAAAAAGAGUUUGCUGUAAUAAAGGAGAGCGUCGAAAACGAUAUGAAAAAUAGAGGCACAAUAGCUGAUGUGAUAAAAAAUCGUGGUUUGAGGAAGGCCUUGUUGAUAUGCUUGGGGCUAGUAACCUUGCAACAAUUGUCAGGUAUCCAAACUGUUUUAACAUACGUGACGAAUAUUUUUAAUGCUUCUGGAAGCUCCAUGGAUUCCGACAUUUCUUCUCUCAUAGUUGGCAUAGUCCAAUUUGCGACAGGUUUUACGACCCCUGUGUUUGUAGACCGGCUGGGGAGGAAAAUGCUGUUUUUGAUAUCAGCGGUAGGAAUGGUGAUAUCGGAAGUACCACUCGGGGUUUACUUCUAUUUAGAAGAGAAUGACCAUGAUGUGAGCAAUAUCGGAUGGUUACCUGUUGUUUCUAUGAUCGCUUAUAUUAUUACAUACAAUUUUGGUUUUGGCCCGUUACCCUGGACGGUUAUGGGCGAGGUAUUCCCAGCUAAUGUGAAAGCUGCUGCUUCUACAAUAACGGCAAGUUUCUGCUGGAUUAUGGGAUUCGUUGUAGUACGAUUUUUCGGUAAUCUACAAGACGCUGUUGGUCUGGGUAUGACCUACUGGAUUUUUUCAGCUUUCUGUUUCGUGGCAAUAUUCUUCACCCUUUUCUUCGUCAUAGAAACGAAAGGGAAAACGUUUGCCGAAAUUCAAGAAAUAUUAAACCGAUGAGAGUGCUAUUAUAACGACUAUUUUCCCAACUGAGUAAUUGUAAAGCACGCAGCUGUUGUACCGAAAGACUAUUACAUAAUACGUAUUAUUGUGAUAUAUUAUUAUACUGAAUAAGAGAGAGGAACAAAUAAAUUUAUUUUGAUACAGUUU